AUGAAUAUCGACCAUAAAAUCAUUCAAAACUUGACCUCGUUGUUUGUCAAUAGUAGUGAAUCUGCAGAAACUCAAGUGUAUGUACUGGCAGUAGGUACUAUAAAGCGUGAUUUAGAACGUGCAUCAACAUCCAUUCAAAGUCAAACUGUACACAAACGUAUACUUGAUAAAAACAUUGAAAUUAUUGAUGGUGUCGAAUAUCUACGGAUUUUACUUGAUCAUCAUAUCAAGCAUGAGGUUUUGCUUCAUGACGCCUUUUCCAGGACGCAGGAAUGGGGAUCUAUACAUACGUUCUACGUCAAAGUAAUAGGUUCACACACUGUUGCUUAUGGUGCAGCGGCUCUACUUGGUCAGAUACUUCAACAAUAUGCUAUUGGAAUCUAUCAUCCUAUCACCGACGAAGAUCGCCAAAUGGUAAAUUCAAAGCAAGAUGAAAAAUUAUCAGAAACUCUACAUCAGUAUUUUGCAGUACAUUCAGAUAGUGUUCUUUCGGACGAUAAAAUUCUGACGAUAACCAAACGAGUUUGCGAACGGUUUCCACAAUUGUCUGGACAGCUCGAUUUCCUGGGACAAUCAAUUGAGUUCCAUGAUUUUCAUUCAUCAUUCAAAGGUACAGGUGCACAAAUAGAAGAGAUUCUACAAGACAAUUUUCAAGAGAUCUUUCAAGUUAAAAGACAAUUGUCGAAAAGUACUGUUUUGACAAAAUACGAUUACCAAGAAGCAAUCAACGCACUGAGUGCUUCUUAA